AUGGAGGAGGGAGGGGCGGGGGAGAGCGAGGGAGGUGCUGUUUGUGUUCGUAUAUAUGUGUAGCCGCCGGCAGUCGUUCACCCAACAAAACAUAGCAAAGACAGCCCGAGAGCAAGUUGAUCGCUUGUCAUGGAGCUUCAAAAGGCCUUCUGCAUGAAUGGCGGAUCCGGUGACUUGAGCUAUGCCAGGAACUGCACCAUACAAAGCGUGAUAGUGUCGUCGACGAAGGCCGUUCGAGUGGACGCGGUCGUGGAGUUCUACUCCACCUUCUUCCCUGAGAACAUGAUCAUCGCGGAACUAGGCUGCUCAUCGGGGCCGAACGCGCUGUUCUCUGCCUUCGACAUGAUGGAGGCGGUCGAGCAAAGGUGCCUUCAGCUCCGACGCUCGCCCCCGGAGUUCCACUUGCUCCUCAACGACCUGCCUGCGAACGACUUCAACACCAUCUUUAGGUCGCUGCCCGAGUUCUACCAGCAGAGGAGGAGGAUGGAGAGUUCCGGGUGCGGGCAGUUCUUCGUGUCAGGAGUACCUGGGUCGUUUUACGGGCGCCUGUUCCCGAGCAGGACCUUGCACUUUGUCCACUCCUCGUCGAGCCUUCAUUGGCUCUCUCAGGUUCCUCUCGAGCUUCAAGAUAAAUCUAAUGCACCGAUGAACAAAGGAAAGAUCUACCUUUCCAAGACCAGCCCUAAUUGCGUUGCAGAAGCAUACCUGAUGCAGUUUCGGAAGGACUUCUCAUUGUUUCUCAAGUGCCGCGCCAAAGAAAUAGUUGCAGGAGGCCACAUGGUGUUAACAUUGAUGGGCAGGACGAGAGGGUCCGAGCCGUCGUGGCCAGAGUACAGCUACAUGUGGGAACUACUAGGAGAGGCUCUCAUGGACAUGGCCUCACAGGGAAUCAUCGAAGAGGAGAAGGUGGAUUCCUUCAACGCCCCCUACUUCUCACCCUCUUUGGAGGAGGUUAAACAAGAGAUCGAAAGAGAAGGGUCAUUCUCCAUCAGAACACUGGAUCUCUUCGAAGCGAGUUGGGAUGCAGCCCACGGCAGCCAACAGACUAAGCAGGAGGCGGCCGCGCUCGGCGAGAUCACUCAUGCAAAACGCAUGGCCAAGGGGGUCAGAGCCGUGCUGGAGUCCAUGCUGGAGAGCCACUUCGGAGAAGGCAUAAUGGAAGAGCUGUUCUCGAGGUACACUAGCUUGUUGGAGGGCUACUACUCCAAAAACAAACCUCAGGUGACCAACAUAGUGAUCGCCUUGACAAGAAAGUUGGAGGAGGAGAACAUAUUACGAGUUUCUGUAUUUUGAGUUAUCAUCACCAAGAAGGGUCUCAAGUUCCAUUACUUAUCUGCCACAUUUAGAUUGUACAAACCUUGGUAAUGUGAAACGAGGAAGAAGUUUGGUU